AUGAAGGUGUUGUUGGUUGAACCUUCAAAUCAAUUGCAAUCAUCUGACACAAGUGGUAGUAUUGCAUGGGCACCAGACGAUGUGUUUGCCAAAGUGAUGGGUAAGGAGCACAAAGGUCGUAUUUGUGGGGUAGGAUUUGAUCCAAGCCCAAGUAGCCGAAGUAGCAAGAGUGCUCUUACGGACCUUCAAAUACGAUCAAGUCAAUCAAGGGACGACGAAGUUGCACAACUAAAGGCUUCCUUGGCUGAGAUGCAGGAGAAAUUGUCCUCUUUUGACGAAAUGAAGGAAACACUUAGCCAAUUCGAAGAGAUGGAGCAAAGAAUGGCUCGCAUGCUUCAACAAGUGCAACAAAUAACUUCACAAUGCAGUCAAGUUGGCAUUAAUGAAUUUGAUUUUGGAGUUUCUAAUGGUUAA